AUGACAAACUGGCGAUCAACGACCCUCAUUUGUGAAUAUAAAAAACUAAGAAGCCAAGUUCAGAAAACACGUACACAUCGUGUUCGAGUAUUUGAAGCCCAACUGUCAUCAGAUAAAAAUAAUCCAAAAAGAAUGUAUGCUUAUGCUAAAGCGCAACAGAACGUUCAUGUAUCUAUUGGCGCUAUAUCAGAUGCAAAAGGUGAAACGUUAACAGAGGCAAUACAUAUCGCAAACAGACUUAACGAACACUUUAAAUCAGUUUUUGUUGAUGAUAGCAAAAAUGAUCAGUUACCGGUUUUUGAGAAAAGACCUAAUCAAGAAAACUUAGGCGAUGUAAUAAUAAGUUUUGAAGCAACGCUAGCCUAUUUGAAUGGUUUGAACCCGAAUAACUAUAUUGGUGUUGAUAACAUUAGUCCAAAGGUACUUAAAGAAUGUGCAGCUCAAAUGACUUACCCUCUAACAUUAAUUUACAAUAAAGCACUGUCUGAAGGCUCAACACCUUCAGCCUGGAAGCAGUCACAUGUUACUCCGUUGUUUAAAAAAGGAAUUGUCUUGAUGCCGCUAAUUACAGUGUCUAUUACUUCAGUUCCAUAUAAAUUAAUGGAAAAGAUUAUCAAGGAACAGAUAACUAAAUACCUUGAAAAAACGAGCAUCUCAAACAAUCAACAUGGAUUUAUGUCCAAAAAGGGAUGCACGUCUAACUAA